UCGUAAGCUCCUGUUUGAGGAAAGCACCGGAAACAGUCGGACACUAUAAAAGACGCUUCGUACCGUUAUUUCAGCACACAUUGGCGGCGUUCGACCACUCUUGACUUCUUGCACCUUCUCAAGGCGGGGACGUUCUAGUUUUUCCUUUCAAGUUGAGUCCGGCGUUCUGUAGUUACCAUGAAGCUGCUCUACCUGGUUCUGCUACUUGUCCCAGCCUGUGUUCUGGGACAAUCCGCCUGUCGCCGACUGAACAUGGUCAGCAGAGCGGCCUGGGGUGCAGCGGCGCCCCGGGCCCGCACGCCGCUCAGCCACCCGACACAGAAGGUAGUGAUUCACCAUAGCGACAGCCGCUGGACGGACCUGUUCAACUGGGGAGGGUACAGCGACCAGGAAGAGUACGAGGAGAGGGUGAGGGAAAUCCAGGAGGAUCACAUGGACAAGAACUGGGACGACAUCGGCUACAACUUUCUCAUCGACGGAUACGGAAACGUGUAUGUGGGGCGCGGAUGGGACAAUAAGGGCUCUCACACUCCCUGCUGCAACUCUAUCGCCAUCGGCAUCAACUUCCUCGGGUACUUCGAAGACAACCUCCCGACUAGAGCAGCCCGGGAGGCCGGGAAGAACCUGAUCGCCUGUGGGGUGGCGAUGGGGAAGAUCAGGCGCGGAUACGCCAUGGACUGUCACUCCGAUCUCGGGGCCAGCAGUGGGGACACCGACUGUCCCGGUGCAGCUCUCUGCGGCUAUGCCAAGAGGCACUUCCGUGGCCUGUAGUGUUACUGAAACAGUCUAUGUCCACUCAUUUGGAUUUGCUAUAUGUAAUUUAAUAAAAUCCUAUCUUGAAGUUUUCUUUUGUCGUGUAGAAAUGUCGAAAAAUAAUGUUCUUUUGUACUUUCUCCUCAUUUAAGUCGUAACAACAUGUUCGCUCUCAUUAGCGGAUUAAACAUUGACAAAAGUUA